AUGGAGGCCCGGGCGGAGGUCAAGGGGCUCAAGAAUAUCGUGUGGUCGGCCAACCAGCUCAUCGCGUGCACGCCGAACCCGAAGCACUGCGGCGGUGAGGGCGGCUGCGACGGGGCCACGGCCGAGCUCGCGUACGAGUACGUGUUCAACAAGGGCCUGCUGCAGCGCGGCGAGUACCGCGCCAUGGCGGGCGACGACCAGAAGGCAGAGUGCCCUGCGUCGCUGAAGGUGUCCACCGAAGUGGCCACCAAGGGUAUCAUCGGCGCUGACGGCAGCGAGACGCACCGCAGCGCGUCGAACAUGGCUGGCCGCGCCAUUGGCCUCACCGGGUGGACGAAGCUGCCCGAGAACAAGGAGGACGCGAUCGUGCGGGAGCUGAUGACCAACGGCCCGCUGUACGUCGCGGUGGCCGCUGGCGAUGGCUGGUUCGACUACAAGGAGGGCGUGAUGGCGGAGGACUCGUGCGACAGGGACUUCAUCGUGAACCACGCGGUGGUCCUCUUCGCCUGGGGCGUCAAGCAGAAGACCGUCCGCGGGCCGGUCAAGUAUUGGCAGAUUAAGAACUCGUGGGGCCCGCAGUGGGGAGAGCAGGGCACGGGCCGCUUCAUCCGGUCGGACCACGAGGAGAAGGAGUGCGGCUGGGACGAGGACCCCCAGUCGGGCUCCGGCUGCGACGGCGGCCCCGAGAGGGUGUGGGUGUGCGGCACCUGCGGCAUCCUUUACGACGCCGUGGCGCCGCACUUCUGA